UAAAAGGUCAGUCGCGCUCCGCGCUCUUUCUUUCCGGUUGCUUCGUCGAGUUGUGCGGAGGUUUCCCGAGGCUUCGAUUGUCUGAGGCCGCUGCACUGAAAGCACCAGAGCUCGGAUAUAUUUAAUCAAAAACUGUUUUUAUCACGAGACAAAAGUGUCCCUUAAAAAAAUGAAAAGGCAACAGAGUUGGACAGAUUUUUUCAAUAAGAAACCAAAAUCAGAUUCUGUGGUAUCAGAAUGGGCCUUGGAUGGUUCAAGACAGGCACAAGCACAGCCACUCCAAUAUGGAGAAAGCAGCACGCCGGUUAUUAAAAUAGAAAACGAUGACGACUCCAACAUUGAAGAUAAUCUUCCUGAAUGCUGGACAGUGCAACAAUAUAACAAGUUUAAGGAAAAAUAUGACGGACUGGUAAUUUUAAACAAAAAGUUAGGUUGCGAUUAUUGUGCAAAAUGUGACUGGAAAAUAAGACAGAAAAGUGUUCACGUGUCAAAAGAAUGGAAAUAUAUUCAGAUUGAGGCAUCAGGGAGAAAUAAGGGGGUGCGACAAGCUUCCCUAAGGAAAAAAAUGAAAGAGCAUUUCGCAUCAAGAGCUCAUAACAUUUGUGCAGAGAACUUAAAACAACGUGAGCAGGAUUCAGUAACGGAAGCAAUGCAUACGAUGAAUGAAACAUAUUUAAUGACCGAAGAAUAUUUAAGUACUUGUAGAGUAUUUAAUACAGUUUACAGCCUGGCAAAAAGAUGUCAGCCAUUUUCAGACAUAGAAGAUGAGAUAGAAGUUCAAAUUAAAAAUGGAUUAGAUAUGGGAAUAGAAUUACAUUCCCAUGAAGCUGCUGAGAAAGUAGUUGAUUUCAUUGCAAAGGAAACUAGAAAAGAAAUAUUUCAUAAGAUUAUUGAAAAUAAUUUGAAAAUAUGUUUGGUUAUUGACGAAGCUUCGGUGAUAUCCUGCAAACCGGUUAUUGUGCUUUUCUUAAAAGUUGAGGAUUCAGCUGCAUCGCCAACAAUUUUCGUUGAGCUGAUUGAAUUGGAAAGCCAAGAUGCAGAGACAAUAUGUUCUUCAGUUAUGGAAAGUUUAAAUAAUGUUGGGCUUACUAAGAACUACCUAGAACAAAAUUUAAUAGGCUUUUGCUCCGAUGGCGCCAGCGUCAUGCUUGGGAGAAAAUCUGGAGUGAGCACUAGGAUUGCAAAAGAGUUUCCAAACAUCGUAAUAUGGCACUGUUUAAACCACCGGCUCCCGCUUAUUUUAGAUGAUUCGAUAAAGGAUAUUAAGCAAGUAAAUCAUUUCAAAAUAUUUAUUAGUAAGAUCUAUUCUACUUUUCAUCAAUCCAGUAAGAGCCAAAUUGAACUUUCCCAAAUAUCUGAACAACUUGGAAUUGAAAUUACAAAGAUUGGUAGAGUUUUGGGACCAAAAUGGGCUGCCUGUAGUUUAAGGUCCACCCUAGCUGUGUGGCAGGCUUAUCCAGCACUACAUCACUAUUUUUCUUCAAACAAAAAGUUCUUCGGUAUGGCUGCCCGUCUUGAAAAUACAUAUUUUCUAAGUGAUUUGGCAUUAAUGAUUGAUAUUUUAAACGAAAUUUCUCUUCUGACAAAUGCAUUGCAAGUGAGAAAUAUAGACCUAAUAAAGGCUGAAAAACUUGUGAUAAGAUCUAUUAAAGCAUUUCAAAUGCUUGCAAAGGAAAAGGGUCCGUAUGAAAAAAAAGUUGGUGAAUUAAUUACUUCAGAAGCCUUCAAAAGUAUAAAAUUUGUAGAAAAUCAUCAAUUCGUCGGGCUUCCUCGGGAAAAACUGUUAGAAAACAUCGUAACGAAUUUGGUAAAAAGACUAAUGGAUUGCGAACAUCGGAAUAAGUUACAAUUUCUCAAUUUUUUGGAGCCAGAUCACUGGAAUAUUGAAAAAGUAGUAGUUCCAUGGAAAGCAGCUGAAGAGCAAUUGCUUGUGUUUAAUGAUAUCUUUAAUUACCAAAUUGAUAUUAAUGAUUAUCGAGAUUUCGUGGAAAACGUCCUGAAAAAUCAACAGAAUUAUGCAAUUCCUGAAAAUGUUCAAAGAGCUAAAAAUAUUGUCAGAACCAUUGCUGUAAGCUCACCAGAAGUGGAAAGAGUUUUUUCAAAGAUGAACAUAAUAUGUUCAGAGACAAGAAGCCGCCUGCCUGUUUCUAACAUAUCAAACACAAUGACGAUUAGUCUACUUGGCCUGCCUCUAAAGGAAUGGGAUCCUACUCCUACAGUGAAAAUCUGGUUAACAAUAAAUCACACAGCCAGUGAUGCUCAGAUAAAAGCAGAGAAUAUUGCAAGUGGGGACGCCCAUCAAGAAGCAAUAUGGAAAUAUCUCAAAUAAGUUUUUAUCAGAUUUUGAGUUUUAAGUAGUCCAGGACGCACCCUCCACACCCCUCUAUUCCCACUACUUCCUCACCACCGGAUCUCCUGUUCAAUUUGUGGUUUCACCUUCCUUCAAGACUUCCUCCCGUCUAUCCGGACCACAAAGUACUCUCUGAUUUCUUAAAGGUGAAAGAAUAAUCUGCCUGUGAGUUGCAAGAAACUGCCUUUGUACCAUGGCCUGUUUGGAGCUUAGCAUCUGUCUGGAGCUUCGGGCUAUAUAUAAAGCAACUGUGCCACGAUGUCCAAGAGAAAGUGUGAAGGAACCAGAAGAUCUAAGAAACAGAAAGCUUGCUCUAAGAUUAAUUCACGCUUGGCCAAAUACGUGAACGUGCCUGAAGCUAUUCUACAGAUGGAAUACAGGAAUCCCAUUGCAGCAGAAAUAAUUCCAAGCAAGGUGUUUUGCAAGCAGAGGCCUGUUUCCCCCACUUGGACUUUAUUAUGUCUCAGCUGACCACUUCAGCAAAGAUUUCAGAGGGUCUUCAGGAGUCCGGGCUGUCCACGAAGAACCUUCAGGGGUGCUAUGUACAGUUUUUACAAUUGAUUUUAGAGCUUAUGCAAGGAAUAUGAAAUUAAAGGAUUUUCACUGUU